AUGGCUACUUACAUUAAAUCUGGUCGACUUUCAUGGAGUGCUAUUUUUCUUGCUUUUGUUCUAUACACAUCAUUUUCGGGUUGUACUUGUGAAGCUAGCGUUCACAAGGGUAAAGAAGGUGGUUUUGUUCAAACCAAAGGAACUAGCUUUGUUCUCAAUGGUUCACCUUUUCUAUUCAAUGGUUUUAAUGCAUACUGGAUGAUGAAUGUAGCCUCGGAUCCUAGCGAGAGGUACAAAGUGACGCAGGUCCUACAAGACGCUACGGAUGCAGGUCUUUUGGUGUGUCGUACAUGGGCAUUCGAAGAUGGCACUGAUGGUAAAGCCUUACAAAUUUCACCAGGAGUAUAUGAUGAACGUGUAUUUCAGGGAUUGGAUUUUGUGGUGGCACAAGCAAGAAAAUACGGUCUUAAGUUGAUAUUAAGUUUUGUUAACAAUUACAAAGACUUUGGAGGGAGACCACAAUACGUUGAGUGGGCUAGAAGCUCGGGCGUUCAGCUCAAAAGUGAUGACGAUUUCUACACAAAUCCUGUAGUUAAAGGGUAUUACAAGAACCAUGUUGAAAGAGUUAUUACAAGAGUGAAUACAAUCACUAAAAUCCCUUACAAGGACGACAACACAAUAAUGGCGUGGGAACUCAUCAACGAGCCUCGCUGCCAACUAGAUUACUCCGGACGAAUGGUUAAUGCUUGGGUACAAGAAAUGGCUACGUUUGUUAAAUCACUGGAUAAACAUCAUUUGUUGGAGAUUGGGAUGGAAGGGUUUUACGGAGACACAAUGCCCGAACGAAAACAAAUAAACCCGGGUUACCAAGUUGGAACUGAUUUCAUCAGCAACAAUCUUAUUAGGGAAAUCGAUUUCACCACUAUACAUGCCUAUCCUGACCAAUGGUUCUCUGGACAAACUGAAAAUUCACAAAUGGCAUUUAUGCAAAGAUGGAUGUCGAGUCACUACGACGAUUCAAGAAAUGUCCUAAAGAAGCCAUUGGUGAUAGCAGAAUUUGGUAAGUCCAGCAAAGACUCGGAUUAUAACAUUAACAUAAGAAAUGCAUACAUGAAUGCUGUUUAUAGAAACAUUUACAUGGAGGCAAGGAGUGGAGGGACGGUUGGUGGUGGUUUAGUGUGGCAGCUUAUGGCGGACGGGAUGGGUUCCUACGGUGAUGGUUACGAAAUAAUCUUGUCCGAAAGCCCGUCCACUGAUAGCCUCAUUUUGCAGCAAUCUCAUGCCAUGACCACUCUAUCACAAUCAUUAAGAACCGGAGCUCAAAAUGUGCCCGUAAACCAAGCUCGUGAAAUCGAAUCUGAUCAAGGUACUGGAGACCAUCCAUUGGUGGCAUCGGAUCCUCAGCAUCGUCAUGCAAAUCAUGCUCACACUCGAAAAGGAUCAAGAAAUGCAGGGCCUUGAGAGUUUGUACAAGUGAC